GAUGGCAAAAAUUUGGAUCACCUCGGACUUGGAAAGCCGGCGCAAGCUGUAUGAAAAAAAAAGUGCGCCACAGCGUUACGGUUCAUGCCUGCAUAAAGUGUUUUUUCUUUAUCACAUAACCAGUCGUUCCAAAUGUGGUUUGAGGAACAUAUAAAAUCACUGAUUUCUCAAGCAGCCGACGACUUUGAUGACACCGUGGCUGCUGAUACAGUGUUGCAGGAACCAGGUGACGGAGGUGCACGCGAUCAAAUGCUCGAUCAAGUUUUAGCGGCACAGAAAGCACAAAGAGAGCAACUAUGGCAGAAAUUACACGAGUUGGAGGAUACGUAUAAACAUGCUGUUCAACCGUCCUUAUGCGGGGAAGAUCAGACCCCUGAGAAGAAGCUGCUGUCUCAAUAUAUGUACGAAGAAAGGGAGCUGUCGUCCGAACUGGAGAAACAAAUGAAUGACGUCAACGUUAUAUCUCGUCCAAGUGAUCAAACCAUUGUUGAAUUGCAGUUCAAAGAGUCUCUCUUUCGAUCAACGGACCAACUACAUCAAGCUCUAGCGUUUAUUGAAGCAGAAUUAAAAGAAUCCGUCGAAACGUUGCAAAGGGAAACGGCGGUUUUAAAAGAGUGUAAAGAAAUCAGAAGCGUCCUUACCGAUAAAUUGGACAGAGUCAGAAACGGCGGGCAACAUAUAGCAGCACCUGACUCUCAAAUGGAAAAAAUACCUGCUAUUCGGCAAAAGCAUAAUGCUACCAUGGGUGAUCUCAUUGAUUUUCUCGAUAUGUAUUACCCUCCGCAUCCCUGUGAGUCACCCGAGCCUGCUGACGAAGAUAUGGAUGGCGCGAGGGACCCCAAUGCAAACUUUUGCGAAUUGAAAUUUAUCCUGGAAGAUUUAAUGAAUCAAGUGGUGAUGAAUCCAAGUAAUCCGUAUAUUACACUUGAACCAGGCACUUAUUGGCCACCUUAUAUCGAAACAUUGGUGAAGGCUGGCAUCGCAUUGCGACAUCCGGAGGAUUCCUCUAAAAUACGCUUGGCAGACUUUCGAUUGUAGAUACCAGACAUAUACUUGUACAUAUGAUUUUUUAAUGGAGUUCGCUUCUCGCUUGAAUAUUUACGAUCGCCCGACCCUCACAAAUAUCUCUUAACGCG